AUUUAAAUAACUAAAAGGAUGGCAUGACUUUACAAAAGAAAAAUUCCAUAAACUUACUCAUUAUGUAAGAAAAUGAGCAAGUAAGGUAUCCAGCUAGGAGAAUAAAUAAAGAGGGAAGGUGAAACCAAUUUAAUAAGGAAGUCAAUUAAAACUCACAUUGUAUUUUGAGUGGCUCUUACAAAAUUUUAUUUCGAAAAAAAAAAACAAAAAAAAAAAAAUUUGUUGUUUCAUUUCAGCAAUAAAAAACAAAGUGGGAGACACGGGAACCUUAGGAAACAGGGAGGUGAUGGAUGGUAAGCUUUACGCAGCUGCCAGACAUGGCGACCUGGUAAGCUUCGUGGAAGAAGCACGAAUCAAUGAAAUAGAAAGUGGCAGAAGUGAAGAGUAUUUUCUUCAAACCAAUGCUUUUAAAGAAAAUAUCCUUCACUUAGCAAUCCAAAGUGGGCAAAAUGAAUUCAUAGAAAAAGUUUUGAAGGGCGAGGAGUUAUUGCCAAGAGCAGUAACUGAUCAGCUGAUUAAGCAGCAGGAUUUUAGGGGAGAUACCCCUCUUCAUUAUGAGGCGUGGAUGGGAAACAUCAAGUUUUUCAAGUUGCUCUUUGAAUACCAACAGGAGGCUACGGUGUUGACGCCGGUGGGUAUGGCCUUGAGUUUGCAGAACAUAGACGGCAACACACCCUUGCACCUUGCACUUAUCAAAGGCAAGGAUGAGGUAGCUACAUUGUUGGCGAAGCACUCUUCAGACCUCACUCGCGGUAGGAAAAACAAAGACGGAAACACCCCUCUUCAUGUUGCCGCAUAGGUGGGCAACACCGAUUGUUUCAAGCUGCUCCUUGAUUAUGAUCAUAAGCAGGUAGAGGUCACAAAUGGAAAUGGCAACACUCCGUUACAUGUUGCAUUUGUCAAAUUAAGGGAUGAGAUUGCUAAAUUGUUGCUGGAACAACAUCCCGAACUGGUUAGUGUAACCAACAAUAUGAAGGAGACGCCUCUUCAUCUUGCAGUCCAACAAUACCGGCAAAUCAUUCAUUUACCAAUCAAGGAGAGGAAAGCUCUAGGUUCAGCCUAUUUUGGCAUAAUAAAGUUGAUGAUAGAGAAAGAGAGUUGUAUAGCAUGCUGGCAAGAUGCAGAAGGAAGGACUCCUUUACAUAGGGCAGCAUCAAUCACCUCAACCUACACUCUACAAAUCAUUAGAUUCAUAAUUAAUAAGUGUCCGAAAUCAGUGAAGGUGCGUGAUAAUUCAAGCAAGACCAUCUUGCACCAUUUGAAAACUGUACCGAGCUACAAAGAAGCCAAAGACUUGCUUGGUGUUCCAGAAUUAUUUGGCCUGAUAAAUCAUCAAGACGAACAAGGAAACACGCCAUUACAUUUGGCUACAAUGAAUUUGAACCAUUUCUUGGUGCGAGCUCUGUUAGAUUUCUCAGCGGAACAAAGCAUUAAAAACUACGAUGGAAUCCCCGCUGGAGCUUUGAUUCAAGAACAAUCUGAGGUGAUCAUGGAGAAAAAACAAAUGACAAUGGAGGUAUGUGAAGCUACAGAAAGGGCGGAUGUAAUCUUUUUAAAAGAAAGAUUAUAUCAAUUUGGAAUGAUAUUUCUAUUCCCGCGAGAUUCCAAAAGGAGGAACAUCCUUCAUAAAUUAAUGCAGUUAAACAGCGGAAUGACUAUGUUACAUAUUGAUUUUUUUGAUUUCAUCGAACAAGUUCUUGAAAGCUUUCCAGAACUAAUCUGUCAAGUAGACCUUAAUGGAGACACUCCGCUCAUACCCUUGUCCAAAAUUCUCCUAACACUAUGAUUCCUUUUGCUUCUGACUAGGGGUGGUUAUUGGGCGGGUCGGUGCGGGUCAUUAGCGGGGCGGGUCGGUUGCGGGUCAUGAUGAAUAUUUAGCGAGUCAGGGUCGGGUCAGGGUCAAUGCGGGUCAGGGUCGAGGUAAAAGUAAAACGGGCCAUUAACUUCUACUAAUCUUUAAAUAGCAUACUAAUCUUAAUAUAUAGAUGGAUUAAUAGUAUACUUUAUCAAGCCUUUAUUGGUUUGAUUUAAUUCAAGUAUUUUCAAAUUGUAGCUAAUAUAGAAAUGAAAACAUUCAAUGGCACAAGUGCAGAAAAUAUGUGACAUGAUUAGCACACAAAAUUAAGGGUUAUAAUCAUUCAUCCAUGAGUUCAGAUCAAACACAAUUAUAAUCAAGCAAAAAAAACUCCCAAAUUAUAAUUAAAAACACCAAAAUAAAUCAGCAUUAGCAACACCAAGAACAACAGACUCAUAAGUAGCAAAAUUACCCACAAUCCUUUUAUCACUCUCCAAGCUCAAGUAAGAAGCAAAAUCACCCAGAAGAAAAUCCAAUUUGAAUUGAUUUUCGAUCACAUCAUAUAACCUAAACCGGAUCUUCAAUCAGAUAUUAAAAUUGAAUAACAGAUUAAGAGAGAGAAAAUGAUGUUACCUGAGACUCUGAGUGCGCGGCUUCAAUGGAGAACUCUGAGUGCGCUUCAAUGGAGAACUCUGAGUGCGCUUUAAUGGAGAACUAUGAAGUUGCGCUUCAAUGGAGAACUCUGAAGUUGCGCUUCAAUGGAGAACUCUGAGUGCUUUAAUGGAAAACUCUGAAGUUGCGCUUCAAUGGAGAACUCUGAGUGGCUUCAAUGGAGGAGAGAGAAAAUGGAGGAGAGAGAAAAUGGAAGAGAGGUAGUAGCUGACUGCUGACCCUUACAAUUAUUAUUGGGCUCUUUAGUUUAAUUAUUAAAUUAUUGGGCUAUAAAAUAAAACCCUAUAAAAACCCUAUAAAAUAAGACCCUAUAAAAGCCCUGUCCAUUAAAAAAUUAAAGGGUCAAAACCCUUUAGUAUUAGGCCCGACCCUUUUGCCAUUGGGUAGCCCUACCCAAUAACCAGGCCUACUUCUGACAGUUCUGAGUCAUCGUGCAGUUAUGAAGUGUUGUCAUUGUCAAAAUCAUCCCUUGUGGAGGACUUAAUAGAUCUAUUUUGUUCGUAUUUUAAUAAAGCUCAGGAAGAGGCUAGUGUAAAAGGAGGUCGUUAUGACCCGCCAUGGUUGGUGCAAAAUGCGGAAGGAAAUACACCCAUUCAUGAAGCACUCAGAGUAAAUCAUGGCAAGAAAGUGGUGAAAAAACUAUUAAAGCUGGAUCUUGCAGUUACUGCUAAUUUGACAAACCUUCUCAAUGAAACACCUCUUCACCUCGUAGGUGGACGUCCUGCGGGUAAGUCGCUAAAGCUUUGUUCUGUCAUGUGAAAACAAAUGUGUCAAGUCCUGUCAUAACUUAUUAUCCUGCUUGAUUAGCUGCGGAACCACUGGACGAAGACGACAUGAAAACAUUGAAGGACGCAAAUACGGAUGCGGCUUGCACAUUUGACAAGAAUGGGCUAACACCCCUUUUGAGGGCGACUCAGAUUCAUAAUUUGGCUACAAUUUCAACAUUUCUUAAUCAAUCCCCUGAAGCAACAUUUAUGGCCGAUGAAAAAUAUGGCAAAACAUUUAUGCACCUGUUAAUAAAUCGUCCUUCAUACUAUACUAAUAAGAACCUUCUUAAAGUAGAUCCAAACUUGAAAAAUAUUCUUGUCCGUGAAGAUUAUGAAGGAAACACGCCAUUGCAUUUAGCAACUAAAGGUGGACGCUUUGACCAUGCAAUUAAUUUUCUUAAAUAUAUGAUGAAGCCUGAAGAGAUGAACGAUCUUCUAGAAAGGAAGAAUGAUGCUGGUAUAACUCCUAGCGAUUUAAUAAGAUCCUCACAAGAGAUUCCU